UGUCGUUGAAUUACAGAUAAAGAACGAGUCUUGUCUCUAUCUUAAUUUUCGGCUGAGCUGAAAAUCCUCCAAAUCACUAGUGACGGUGUUCUUCUCUGUCACUCUUAUCUUCUAUCUCACUUACCUCUACCGCUUAUAUAUAUUUAUAUAUCUUUGUUGUUCCUAUAAAUUCUCUCUAUAUUGUUUUAUCCGAAUCUACAUCUCCCUUUGCACUGCGGUCGGAAAAUAGCCGCAGUGUUUGUUUCAGACAUUCAACUUAAUUUUGGGUGAUUCUUUGCUUGGAGCCUUGUACAGGAUGGAAGUAACAGGAGGUUGAGACCUUUAAAUUCUAUGGCAUUGGAAGGUAUUUGGGAAAUGCUUGGGGUAGCAGAAAACUUGCGGAAAAUAGAAAGUGGUAGCAGCAAGGGUUGUCCGUCUAACAAGUUUUACCAUAGGACCCGAAGAAGUGGCAUGGAAUUUGACUCUGAUUGGACCAAGCAUGGAAAAUCAUUGACCUUUACCGCACAAAUGAUGUGGCAAAGUAUUGCCUUGCACUUGUUCCCCGAUCCGAUUUUCCUGCUAUGGGUGGUGCCUGCAAGCGGUGGAGGUCAUUUCUGCGAAGCAAAGAGUUUAUCAGCAUUAGAAAGCUGGCUGGUCUGCUUGAGGAAUGGCUUUAUGUCCUGACUGUGAAUGCUGAAGGAAGAGAAAGCUACUGGGAGGUUUUCGACUGUUUAGGAAACAAACACCAUCAGCUCCCACAGAUGCCCGGUCAUAUAAAGGCUGCUUUUGGAAUUGUAGUUCUCAAUGGUAAACUUCUUGUUAUGGGUGGUCAUUCCAUGAUUGAUGAAUCUGGGUCGGUGUCAACCGACGUUUAUCAAUACGAUUCUUACUUGAACAGGUGGAGCAAAAUGGCUAGCAUGAACAUGGCACGUUAUGAUUUUGCUUGUGCUGAGGUGAAUGGAAUGGUUUAUGCAGUUGGUGGUUUCGGGAUAGAUGGAGAAUCUCUUUCUUGUGCUGAGGUUUAUGAUCCAGAUCAAGAUAAAUGGACUGUGAUCGAGAGUCUUCGCAGGCCAAGGUGGGGCUGCUUUGCGUGUGGAUUUGGGGGAAAGCUUUAUAUUAUGGGUGGUCGAUCAAGUUUUACAAUUGGGAAUUCAAGGUCUGUUGAUGUGUAUAAUCCCAAGAGUCACACUUGGGGCGAGAUGAAAAAAGGUUGUGUUAUGGUUACCGCUCAUGCUGUUCUGGAAAAAAAGCUCUUCUGCAUAGAAUGGAAGAACCAGCGGAAACUAUCCAUUUUCAAUCCGGAGGACAAUUCAUGGAAGAUGGAGCCAGUUCCAGUGACAGGGAGUUCAAGCAUUCGAUUCCAGUUUGGCAUACUGGAUGGGAAGCUUUUACUGUUUUCUCUACAAGGCAAUCCUGGUUAUAACACCCUGCUAUAUAAUCCUAAUGCAGCUCCAGAAUCACAGUGGCAGACUUGUGACAUAAAGCCAUCUGGUGCGUGCCUUUGUACUGUUACAAUCAAGGCAUAAAAAUCAAAUUGCAAGAAAGAGUUAGAAGACUCCAAUGCAUCUAUGAUCAUCGACGCACAAAUGUCUGUAUACUCAGUUUCUCUUCAGGUGUGAUGAUCAGUUAACCUGUUAGGUUCCUCUAAAACUAUUUCAAAAUUUGAACUGCUUCUGAAUGACUUGUGUUUUCUCUUGCUCAACUUCAAUCUGAUCUUAGACGGCUUCUUCUAUAAUUAUGGCUUUUAUCUUCUGUUAAAUAUGACUGAAACUCCUUCUUGAAGGAUGUUGUACUCCCUAAAAGAUAUAUGCUGUCACCCUGGACAUGCUUUUCAUGUCGUUACCAAAUUGUAAAUAAAAAAUAAUUCUUUUGGUAUCUGUUCAUGUAUUUGAUCUGGUUCACCCAAUAAUUUUCAAUUUUAUACUAUUGAAUAGCUCAUGCGAGAAA